UUGGUAAACGAAUGUAAAACUAUCGUUUUAAAAAUUUUCUGUUGGCAAAAAGAGCGCACAAAUUUUUUAAAGUGCAUAAAAAACAAAUAACCAGCAAAAUUUACGUAGAUGCUAAUUCAGACGAUUACCGCGUAUAUGGAGUCAAUGGAUCAAAGUUGUGACUUGGAGAAGCCAUCGGAACGGGGCGACGAGGCCACUGAGAACACCAGCUAUCUGAGCCUGCAGGCUCAGCGCAAUGCCAACACUCUGCCGACCCCCUCGCCGGCGACCAGCCUGACUCUGGUCAAUUCUGGCAGUGCCGAGAAUAGCAGCCUCAAGCGGGGCAAGUCCGACGACGACGACGAGGACGAUGAGGAAUUGAGACUCAGUUGUGGCGACAUCGACGACAAUGAGCUGCGACUGAGGACGGGGCGUGAGGGGCGUGCACACAAGAAAUUGCUGAAACAGGGAGUCCAACGCGCCCACAUCAAGUCCCACAAGAUUGGCGAGAAGCUCAAGGAGGAGCUCACGAAGUAUAAGCAGGAAUUGAAGGAGUACAAUGAGACUACCAAGGAGCUGGAGGAGAAGUAUAUGAAAAUCAAUUAUGAGCUGAGCGAAAUGCAGCAGAAACACGACCAUUUUGUGGCCACACGCGCCCACAGCUCCGAUGUGGAGAGUGAGGCCGAUGGAGGGCGAUACUAUGCCAGCUCCACCAGCCUCACCUCCAACAUGUCGGUGCCGACUAGUCAGGGUGCCAAGGUGUUCAGUCGCAGCAGCAGCUUCAUGACCGUACUGGAAGCAGAAAGCUCCUGUGACCAGAUAACCAAGCGAGAACUGAAUUACAAUGGCAAGAGCAAGAGCAAGACCAAGAGCUGUCUAUCGGCUCAGGUGCGAAGCGUCUACAGCAAGCAUAUUGUUGAGACUCUGGCUAAUCGACAGGCCCAGCGACGCAAGCGUUCCAUGCUCGGCGACGAUCUGGAGAAUAAGGAUGCGGCCUUGACACAAAAUACAUCGCAAUACAAGGAGGUGUACCAUCAUCAUGUGCUCAAGGAUGUGAUAAACACGCCGCAGGAUCACAAGCACAAGCACGAACGCGACACGGGCGAAAUAACCCAACUCUAUUCCGCACUCAAGAAUCUGAAGAGCGAACAGGUGCAGUAUCGGAGCAUUAUUAGACAGCAACAGGAUCGCAUUUCCGACUAUCACACACGCUGUGUCAAAGCCCAGGAGAUCAUGAAGACACAGAAGCAUGAGAUCGACAAGCUCAAUGUGAAUAACAAGCAAUUGGAAAAUAGCAUCUAUCAGGAUUUUGACGAUUUACGCACCAAGAUCGACGCCAAGCUAAAGAGCAUCUCCCAUUUGCCACAACUGAUGCGCGAGGAGCACAGCAAGUAUGAGAAGGUGAUGCGGGAGAAUUGCUUGCUGGUGGAGAAACUGCGCAGCCUCCAAGAGGAGGCCUCGCAGCUCAAAAUCAAGAUCGAUGAGCUGGGCCGGCGCAAACUGGUCACAAUCAAUCGUCUCAAAGCCGCAGAGAGAGACUUAAAAAUUUUUAAAAACUACAAUUCGGCCCUCAAGUCCGAGAAGCGUCGCAUGGCCGAAGAAUUGGCCACCAUGAAGGAGCAAUUGAAUGGACUGCAGGCCACCAACAAGAGGCAAUUGACGCGUCAUCGCGAUCAGAGCGAGAAGCAGCGUCGCGAACUCCAGAAACGCAUCUUCGACCUGGAACUGAAGCUGAGUCGCAGCCAGAAUUCGACGGCGAGCCUAAUACAGGAGCGCGACAGUCUCAUUGCCGAGCUGCAGACACAGCUCCACACGCUGGUGCACAACUUUGAGGUCUCCCAGAAGCACAUACGGGUGCUUCGUCGCCACAUCUACUCGAUGACAUCUUCCGGUGGCGCUACUGGCAUUCCCAAUGCACCGCCCGGCUCCCAGCGCAGUAGCGAGGCUGGUAUCGGACGGGCAAAUCAACUGGCUGCUGGGUCGAGCGCGUCCAGGCUCGGCAAUCCUCGCACGCUGAAGACUAAGGCAUAGGCGCUGACUGACCUGAUUCAGUCAGCGGUUUAGGCAACUUGGAGAUACGGCCAGCUUACCAAUUAUGGCCAUCUCUGGGCCGGAGCUGUACCUUAUGAUCAAGUUGCUUGGACGUUAUGUUAUUAUUUACUGUCUGGAUUCUGUGAUCUGAUAAAAGGAGCCAUAAAUCGAUGAGGACUAUCGAUAGACAUUUAAUAAGCAUUUAAUAAUUGCGCCUAAAAGUUUCGUUAUUACAACAAUUACGAAUUGAUCAAAGGGUUCUCGUAAUUAAUGAAUGUAAACACGAAUAAAAGGCGAUAAAUCACAAGUUGGACAAAUUAGUCGAAUGGAGCCAAAACAAAAGAAGUCUGGCGGACGAAAGCGGGGAAAAAGAGGUAAUGAUAAGAAAAGAAAAAUUGAGCGGCCUAUUUCCAAAGCAACAGAAAAAAAACGUGAAUCUAGAUUUAAGGAACUCGCCAAAACUUUUCGAUUUCCUGAAGCGGAAACAGUUUUCCAACAACCGCAAAUUGAAAAUGGAAGCCCUAUCACUGUUCCAGAGCCCG